AUGGAUCGGCAUGUAUCAGUAGAUUGGCUUGGUAUACUUCGUAUAGCUCUCUUUAAAUUGUCGCUCACUUUGAAACCUCAUAUCCUCAAAAAUCGGUUAAAGUUAAUAUGUGCGAAACUCGAGCUUAUGACUUACACGGUAGGAGCGGUGAGGCGCGCCCAUGAAUCGCGCAGCUAUCAGGUUCGUGAUGUGACUGUAUUGCUUGACUUCACCAACCAUCUGUCAUUCCAGCCAUGUACUGUAUCGUCAGGAAACCACACUUACCGCACAGAUGCCUUGUCAGUGGCAGGUGAUACCUUUGACGAAAGUGAAAUCUCACCCAUGAUUCAACGAUCACCCAAAUUGGGUCACGAUCCCACUGGUGAGCAUACCACUACUUCGGAUCUGGCAGAGCAUCUGUUGAUCCUGACACCAAGGCUUAUACGCAAAAUCACGGUAUAUCGUGAGUCUUGA